AUGAAUAUAUGCACAGAUUUAACGAAAUCAUCAAAUUGGCAAGAAUGGAGUAAUUGGACCAAAUGUAAGAACAAUGAACGUAUACGAUUUCGUUCAUGUAUAUCAACUAAAUUUAUUGAUAAUACAAUUACUAAUGAUAACAAUUCUAUUGAUAAUGGAACAAUUGAUAAAACAUCUUUAUCAAUGCAUUGUGAAAUAAAGAAGAUAGAAAGUGAACGACAAUUUUGUUUAAUAUCAAAUAUGAAUAAAGAUAAAGAUCAAAAAUUAAUCAAUCCAAAUCCAUUUAUGAUUGAAACGGAAAUUAUUGGAACAUAUUUGAAACGGCCAAAGAUUAAUCAUGAACCAGUUAAAGUAAUUGAAAUUCAAUAUACAUAA